AAAAACGUGAAGCAAAGCCUCUAGAUAAACGUACUGCCGUUCCCGGGCAUAAAAAUUCUUACGAGUAUAAUUAUUACGGGUAUUAUGAUGGCGGUGAUGAUUACGGAGAUUAUGACGGCGGUGAUGAUUACGGAGAUUAUGACAGCGGUGAUGAUUACGGAGAUUAUUACGACGAAUAUGAUUACGGAGGAUAUAAGC